ACUCAACGCUCUCAUUUCUUUUCUUUGGUUGCUUCUACUACCAGUAGCUAGUAUCAUUAGUGUACAGCAGCUAUCUCUGCCAUACUAGUAUUAUAUCUAUGGGUAGCUAUUAUUUUUAAUAAAUAGCUGUGACCAUGACUCGUCCUCCUUCUCUACUGUCCAUCUAUGCGAGGGCAGCCUUGGGAGCUGUGACCAAGAAUCACUCUCUUCCCUCUUCUUUCACUGCUACAGGCAUCUUACCUAAUAAUAACCGAGUGAAGUUAAGCCUGGACAUUCCUGAAGAAGAUCUUCCAUUCACCAUCAACCGUCUGCACGUGCGUCAAUUCCGCAGAGUAGUGGAUGACAAUGUCAGUGCCAACUUGCAUACUUCUGAAAUUCCAGUGAGCUACUUGCAGUGUCUGCUGAAUUGCUUGCCCAUGAAUCAGUUGACCCACGCCAACUUUCCACUCAACAUAGUGGGCAGUGUCCACGAGUCCAUUCAAAUCACAAGCCACAAUCCAAUCCCCAUCGAUGCAGACACCAUUCCUCUACAAGCACGUUGUUUUGUGCACCCAGAGAUGGAACUUUCAGACAAGCAAGAUUGGAUCUUCACCGUUGUUACGCUAGUGCAGGAUCUCAAUACUGAAGAACAAGGAGAGCGAGAGGAAGACAACCCAUUGCCCAUCAUGACCAUCACCAACAAAUACCGCAUUCUCAAUCCGCAAAGAAACAAACUCAAAAACAAUUCACACACUCCAAAAACUAUUCAACCACCUGAACAAGACUAUGAAAACCAAAAGCACUGGAAACAAUUGGCAAAAUGGAACUUCCCCGUCGAUUCGGGCAGAAAAUAUGCCUCUCUCAAUGGAGAUAUCAAUCCCAUUCACAUGCAUCCCUUAUCCGCAAAACUAUUUGGAUACAAGUCCUGCAUUGCCCAUGGAAUGCACAGUCUUUGCAAAUUGUGGAGUGUGCUCGAAACAAACACGGAAAUCCAAAGAAAUCUACGUGUACAACAUACACUCACUGAAGACAACCAUUAUGAGGAUGAUGGCGAUUGUCGUCAAGAAGUCACCAUCACGGCUCGUUUUGUCAGGCCGACCCUAUUACCCAAUCCUGCCGUCGUGGCCUUUUGGAAACCGUCUUCCAUGUCUGACACCAACACCAAGAUUACAAAAAGUGCAGAUGGCGUGGACGAUUCGGUUCUACUACUCCACGACAACGCCAACGCUGUCAACAAGAGCUACGAUUACGUCAUUGGGACACGGCAUGGGCAAAAGGACAAUCAAUUCAAGGAAACUGUCAAAGGAUCCAUUCAAAUUACAACAGCAACAGCCACAUCCACAUCCACAUCCACAUCGUAGCUGAUCGAGCGAACGAAUGAAUGAAUCGAAUCGAAUCUAGUCUAUGCAUGUACGAAUGUGUGCCAUCGACUAUUAAUGGCUACCGGAUGAGGACGAGUGAAAGCUAUAGCAAUAAUAAGUGGGUGUAACGUAGUACAUAAUUAUGAUACCGGUAGUGUGACAAGCAAGGCAAAACGCGUAACGACU